CUCAUGCCUAAUAAAAUGGAUACAAUUUUUCGACUUUGUACUACUAUGCUUCGACUAAAUAUUAAGACUUUAGGCUAGCGUUAAAUAGGUGUAUCACGUUUAUAGGUAAAUUGCUCUUAAUACGGCAACAAGUGGAGAUGGUAGAUAAUCCGAGCAACAAAUUCGUAUCGUUUUCGGGAGCGAAAGAGAUGGAAGAAACCGAGGAAAAAGUAUCAAAAAUCGUCCCGACCAUGUUGACACACACGAGCGCGGCUUCCUUGUUCCUAACUCGACUAAAGGCUAGACGCUCAUCACCUAAGCAAGAUGACAAUGAGUCCGAAAGUGGUCGAGUUCAUUUCGCAUCGCCGCCGCUACCCGAUAGCUCGAUAAGUCCUAUAGCUUCAAUGGAAGAUUACUGCGUCAUCAGUGAACGUGUCUCUUCCGACGAACAGGCCUCUUCCGUCGACCGCACUUCCCUGCGCAUCAACGAGGACUUUAUCAAAAAUAUUCUCAUGGAACACAGGAGGCGUAUGAGCUACAAGUCACAAGUUUGGGAAAAUCUGGAAUCAAAUAAAAUAGGCGAGACAAAUGAGGAGACGAUCGUCGCGGACGCCAAGUCCAGUGAAGUCGACAUCUUGUUGCUGCAAGCGUGUUUUACGAGUCGUACAAAUCUCAUACGUUGUCUGUGCAAACGGGGCGCCAAUGUCAACUAUAUCGAGCCCGAUCAUGGCCUCACUCCGUUGCACUUGUGUGCGUUUCGGAAUUGUCUGGAUGGUGUCAAGUAUUUGAUGGAACAGGGCGCGAGCGUCGAUACCGUGAUGAAACACACGGCGUUUCACUAUGCCGCCUUUGGAGAUGCCUACGACGUUGCUCAAUACUUUGUGCAACGAGGUGUCAGUCAGCUAUCUCCGCACAACGGUGAAGAGACGGUCUUGCACGUGGCUUCACGAACCAAUGCCCAGCGCGUACUUUCUCUACUCGCACCGAACAACAAGGAACUAGAUCGUUUGGAUCAGGACGGAUACGCCGCUAUUCAUCAUGCAGCCGACGGCGGAGACACAGUUUGUUUGGACAUACUUUUGAAAGCCGGUUGCCAAGUGGAUUUAUUUACCGGAAAGAACGACACCGCUUUGCACCUGGCCGCGGAAGACGGUUGUGCGGACAACUUGGCUCUUCUGGUCGAAGCAAACGCUAAUCUUCAACUGAAGAACCAUCGAGGACACACGGCCUUGCACUUAGCUGCUCGCUCGCAUUCUCUGGAAUGCGUGGAGAUUUUACUGAAAGGUCGCGCGGAUCCCAACGUAGAGGACGACGAGGGUCGGACACCUCUGCACGUGGCUCUAGGCAAGUCUUUGAUGACUGAUGAAAUCACCGAGCUCUUGCUCAAGUGGCGAGCGGACGUGAAUAAGGCCGACAAAUACGGCUAUACGCCGCUGCACAUCGCCGCCUCGAACGAAUUGUCACGGUGCGUAAAUCUGCUGAUAAAGCACGAAGCGGAUCUCAGCGCCAGGACCAUCGGCGGCAACAGUGCCCUGUCCGUCGUUCUUCGUAAGACCCCGACGUCCUUGGACGUGCUCGAACGUAGGCUGGACACGUCUCUGAGCUUGAAUCGACAGGGAUUCAUCGCAGGCGAGCUCGAGCUGCAGCUGGACUUCCGCCCGUUGUUGCAGCACCGGCGGAACCGGCGAAGUCGCUCGCCCGAGAUCGGUUACCUGUACACCUUCGUGAAGGAGGGCUACAAGGAGAUCCUGGAGCAUCCUCUGUGCCAGUCCUUCCUCCAUCUCAAGUGGCACAAGAUCCGCAAGUACUAUGCCGCCAGAUUGCUGUUCUACUUGAUGUACGUGUUGAUCCUCACCAGCUGGGUGAUAACCGCCCUCGCUCAUAACUGUUACAACGAGUCAAAGGGUUACGUGCACAAUCCGCCGUUAUGCGCGAACGCGACCGGCGUCUAUGGGUUUCUCUACAAACAUCCUGCGGUACUCGAGAUUCAGUGGUACACGUUGAUGGUGCUCACCUUGCUCGAGGCUUGCCGCAAGUUUACCGUCAUUCCCAAUUACCGUUCGUUCAGGCAGUUCUUUAUGCAGAUGGAGAACCUGGUCGAGUGGUGCGUGAUACUGAGCGUGUUCGCCACCUCUUUUGUGUACACGGGAAAAACGUACACCUGGCAAAGUCACUUGGGCGCCUUCGCUGUGCUCUGCGGUUGGAGCAAUCUGAUGCUGAUGAUCGGGCAGCUGCCGGUGUUCGGAGCUUACGUCGCUAUGUUCACCAGCGUGCAGGCACAAGUGUUCAAGCUACUUUUGGCCUACGCCUGCCUUCUCGUGGGUUUUACGGCGAGCUUCUGCGUGAUAUUUCCACAUUCCAAGUCCUUCGGCAGUCCGCACACGGGUCUCAUCAAGGUCCUCGCGAUGAUGACCGGCGAAUUAGGCUUCGAGGACCUCUUCUUCUCAUCCGACAAGGGUGGUCUUUACGAAAAUAUUGGAGGAACUUCCUGGAUCCUGCUACAAAUCUCGGCCCAACUCUCCUUCGUGUUGUUUCUUCUAUUCGUCACGAUUGUGCUGAUGAAUCUGUUGAUCGGCAUAGCCGUGCAUGAUAUCAAGGGCCUGCAAAAGACGGCAGGUCUCGCGAAACUCGUUCGCCAAACGAAACUGAUCCACGACGUAGAGAUUGCCAUUUUUCUUGGAUUUACACCGUCGAAACGCUUCGUCAAGUACAUGCGAUGGACCGCGCUAUUCUUACCGUCACCUUUACGAGCCGUUUUGACUGUUCGUCCGCUAAACCCCAGAGAGAAGCGAUUACCGCGCGAGGUUCUCUCGGCCGCCUACAAAAUAGCCAAGGAAGGAGACGGACAGAACAACUUCGCCGUGUCGCGUAGAAAAACUUACAGCGCGGCCUAUCUCGCGAAAGCGGGUCUCAAAGCUGACGUGACCGCGGCUCGUCGUCGUGGCCUCGACGACGAUACGCUGCAACACGACUGCAACAAAUUCAAAGACGAUAUCGCGGAACUUAAGGAGAUUUGCGAGAAAAAUCAUACACUCCUUCGAGAGCUUAUAAAAGCGCACAGUGGUAAAAUUUUAAUUGGAGCGAAUAUGUGUGAGAGUGAUCGAGGCUCGUUAGGGGAGAGUGCUAAAGGGGUGGACCUCGAGAUGAACGGUCCGAAGAUACCGACUAGUUUAAACGCCGGCGUACAACAGUUUUAUUCCACCAGAAGCUUCAACAGUCGUCACAAACGCGAGCCGCUGUCCGUGAGAUUAGCCUCCACUUACAGGUCACUAAGAUGCCCGUGCACAACAGAUGAUCAUCCGCAAAAAAUCACGAUCGAUAAUGCAACCUUAUCGAAGUUUGAUAACGAGCGAAUUGAGAUCGACGCCGGUGAGCCACCACCGGUCGACGACUCCCUCUUCUUCGACAAUCUGGAGUGCUGCCAGAACCACUACGUAAACGGUGCGAAAUUGAGAUCGGCUAUAUGGUCCAUCGUCGACUCGAGAGAGACGAGGCUGCUACUGCAGAUGGAGAAGAAUCGCAAGCUUCCGGAUGCCUGCAAGAACGAGAGACUACGGAAUGUCGCUUACAUCUGGGCGUGCUAUCGCGGUCUGCUGCAUCAUCUGCCGGAACUGGAGAACGCCGGAGCGCGUUACGACUACGUCGAACCGCGGACCGGCGUCAAUGCCAUUCUCGCGGCUUCGUUGGGCGACAAAGUCGCCUGCGUGGAGUAUUUAAUCGCGAAGGGCGCCGACGUGAAUUAUGAGAGCCUCAUCACACGUUACACGCCGCUUCACUUCGCGGCGCUCGGUAAUAGCUGGCAUGCCGCGGCCACGUUACUGGAUCACGGCGCCAAGCUAAAUUACGUCUGCCAGGAAGUGGUCGAGCCUAUUCUGCACAGUGCCGUCCGCGCGAAGGCGGUGGAGACGGUGAAGCUGCUGCUCGAGCGCGGUGCCAGCGUCGUCGAGAAGAAUCAUCUGGGCCAGACGCCGUUACACGUGGCCUGUUUCGUGCAAUCGGCACCGUGCGUCGAGCUGCUGUCGGCCAGCGCGCCCAACGUGAACGCCGUAGACAGGGAGCACAGAACGCCCCUGCACUUCGCCGUGAUGAGCACGGACUCGUCCGCCGAGUUGGUACAGCUGUUGUUGAAACGCGGCGCCUUGGCGAACGCGGUCGAUCGAACCGGCUUCACGCCCCUUCACAUCGCCGCGCUGAACGAGCAGUCCCGGUGCGUGGACGCGCUCAUCUGGGCGGGCGCCGACAUCAGCGCGACCACGUGCACCGGACUGUCCGCCCUCAACAUUAUACUGAAGAAGAUCCCCGAGUCCCUGCACGUGUUCCGGCAGCGUUUGGACGCCUCCAUCAGACUGACCAGACCGGUGUCGCAUAAUCGCGAAUUCGAGAUGCGACUGCACUUCGACAUUCUCUUCCCCAGCGGUAAUCAGUGCGAGACCAGCUUCAUAAACACCUUCGUGCAGGAGCACCGCAAGGACCUGUUGUCGCAUCCGCUGGUCAUGGCCUUUCUGCAUCUCAAGUGGGAGAAGAUUCGCAAGCUGUACCUGCUGAGGAUACUCUUGUACGCUAUGACCGUGAUAUGCAUGACCACCUACGUGCUCACUGCGUUAGCGUAUAAAUGUUACAAUCACAACGAAACUAAUAGUUCCAAGAUUUGCGGCAACAGACGAGUGUCUGGCUUUCUCUUCCGGAAACCGGUCAUCGAGAUCGAAUGGUACCUCGCGCUGGUCCUCACGUGCAUCACCAUACCGAGAAAGAUAUUUGGCUUUAUGGUGUACAAAUCGGCGAUACAGUACUUCUCCAGUAUCGACAACGUGCUGGACGGUGUGGUGAUCGUGAGCGUAUUCGUUACGUCCUUCGUGUACACCGGGCGUACUUACGAUUGGCAAAAUUACGUCGGUGCGUUCGCCAUCCUUUGCGCCUGGACCAACCUGAUGCUGAUGGUGGGCCAGUUACCGGCUUUCGGCACCUACGUCGCCAUGUUCACGCACAUCCAGUUCGAGUUCGCCAAGCUCCUGCUAGCGUAUUCCGGCCUACUGAUCGGCUUCACCAUCAGCUUCUGCGUGAUAUUCGCCAGCGAGCCCGCGUUCGGUAAUCCUUUCACCGGGCUAAUCAAAGUCCUGGCUAUGAUGGCUGGUGAAUUGGACUUCGAGGGACUCCUCAAUCAGAUGGACGAAUCGACGGGCAGCUCCUUCGUCAUUUAUCACCCCCUGUCGGUGUGUUCGCAGAUUCUCUUCACGCUGUUCAUAGUAUUCGUCACUGUAAUUCUGAUGAACCUGCUGGUCGGUAUUGCCGUACACGAUAUACAAGGUCUGAGGAAUCACGCAGGGCUCACCAAGCUAGUGAGGCAGACGAAAAUGAUCCUCUUCACGGAAAUGGUGCUGCACAACACUACGAUCCCGUACGCUUUCCGGAAGUGGAUGUCGGAUCACAAGAUCGACGUUGAAAAUAGAAAACGGGUCCUCGUGGUAAAACCGCUCAAUCUCCUCGAGAAGCGAUUGCCGAAGGAUAUAAUGAAAGCCGCUUACGAGAUAGCACAGAAGAAUAUUCCCACGUCUAUGAACGACGACAUCAAUUUGAGCGAUCACGCUGUUUGGCUGAAGCAACGACAAAACGGACUCUCCGAUGUUACCCUACAAAUGACGUUCGAAAAACUGAUCGCUAUGAUGAAAGUGAACGAAGACGCUAUAAAAUUGCUCAGAGCACAGUUGCUAGAGAUGAACAAGAUGUUGGAAAAUGUCGCAACAACGUUGACGAAAGAAGAACAUACCUCGUUAUGAUUCGCACAAUUUUAUAUCGGUUAUAUUUCCAUUACUUUUUACGAACAUGAGUGAUAAAGUAGACAUCGAAGCUACAGUUAACUUGGGGGGGCCUAAUGGUC